CAGGCGUGUGGGUAUAGAUCCAUUGACAUUUCGACCUUGCUCUCAUUAUUCGUUGAAUAUUAUUCCUAUUUAUAUUUGAGUAACACAAAUGAAAUUAUAUUGUCAGAUGCUAUAAUGAAAUUAAAGUAAAUUGCCUAUUCUACUGAGAGAAUUGAGAUUUCAAAAAUAGCUUUAUUAUUAUUGUUAUCAGUGCCUUUGUCCGCACGUAGAUGGCGCUGAUGGCUUGGCAAGCGUGAGCAUUGACGUCCGAUCUUUCCUCUUCGGGUUUCUGUUUUUCCUGUAAUAAGUUUACGAAUAUUAAGGGUUUCCCCCGAUACUUUGAUAUUUCUUAUAUCAUUUUACCCAACUUGUGUGGUUAUCUUCUAUAUCAAGAGUAUUUUGAAACUGUGCGCGUCGUUUCGUUCGUCAUUUGUGGAUAUUUGUCGAUUGAUUUGUCACUAUGACCUGGGGUUUCGUUACUUGCGGCCCAAAUGAAGCUCUUGUGGUUUCAGGAUGCUGUUAUAACAAGCCUUUGCUGGUACCUGGAGGUAGAGCAUUUGUUUGGCCAACAAUUCAAUGUGUGCAGAGAAUUUCAUUGAAUACUAUGACUCUUCAAGUAGAAAGUCCUACUGUAUACACAAGCCAAGGAGUGCCAAUAUCAGUGACCGGAAUUGCGCAGGUGAAGAUUCAGGGGCAAAAUGAAGAAAUGUUGCUUGCUGCUUGCGAACAAUUUCUGGGGAAGCCAGAAUCCGAAAUUCAGCAUAUUGCAUUGGUGACUCUAGAAGGGCACCAGAGAGCUAUAAUGGGAAGCAUGACUGUUGAGGAGAUCUAUAAAGACCGUAAGAAGUUCAGUAAGCAAGUGUUUGAAGUGGCCUCUUCUGACUUGGUGAACAUGGGCAUCACUGUAGUUUCGUACACGUUGAAGGACAUCCGUGAUGAGGAGGGCUACUUAAAGAGUUUGGGUAUGGCCAGAACUGCUGAAGUGAAACGUGAUGCGCGAAUUGGAGAGGCUGAGGCCCGUCGUGAUGCCCAGAUAAAGGAAGCUAUAGCUGAAGAGGAACGCAUGGCAGCAAGGUUUCUGAACGAUACUGAAAUAGCCAAGGCCCAGAGAGAUUUUGAACUUAAAAAAGCUGCUUAUGAUGUGGAGGUCCAGACAAAGAAAGCUGAAGCUGAGUUGGCCUUUGACCUCCAGGCUGCUAAAACAAAGCAGCGAAUCAAAGAAGAACAGAUGCAAAUUCUUGUGGUGGAGAGAAGUCAGGAGAUCGCAGUGCAAGAUCAGGAAAUUCAGCGUCGGGAGAAAGAACUAGAAGCCACUGUUCGUCGACCAGCUGAGGCUGAAAAAUACAAACUGGAGAAGUUGGCCGAGGCAAAUAGAAACCGCGUGAUUCUGGAGGCAGAAGCUGAAUCUGAAGCGGUUCGUGUUCGUGGAGAAGCAGAGGCCUUUGCCAUUGAAGCAAAGGCCCGUGCAGAAGCUGAGCAGAUGGCCAAGAAAGCUGAUGCUUGGAAGGAAUACAGGGAAGCAGCAAUGGUCGACAUGCUUUUGGAGACGUUACCCAAGGUUGCAGCUGAAGUUGCUGCUCCAUUGUCCCAAACAAAGAAGAUCACCAUGGUGUCAAGUGGUCAGGGAGAAGUUGGAGCUGCCAAACUUACAUCAGAGGUUCUGAGUAUAGUCAGUAAAGUGCCUGAAGUUGUCAAGAAUCUUACUGGAGUGGACAUUGUAAAGUCUGUCCAUGCAGUUUGAAGGAACAAGUUCUGUUGUCACCAUGAAACACUUCAAAUGCUAACAAAUAAAGAGGUUACUGGUCUGCCAUAUAUACCUUAUUCCUUACAAAUAUAUGUAUGAAAGUCAAAUGUUACCUUUCUACUAAUGAUUUACCUGUUUUUAUUCAAAGAAGUCAAGCAUUUCCUUGCCUUAUUAUGUAAUGAAAUUUAUUAUACAUGUGUAUUCUUAAAAAUAUUUCAAAGCAGAUAUCAACUAUCAAUAUUUUGAAGAGAGAUCUGUAGCACCAAAACAUGAAAGAAGUUGGUUUUGAGUUGUUUCUCUGUUGACUGAGAUGGCUGUUUUAAAAAAAUAGUUGCUUCGUGUGACAGAACUCGUAAUAACUUCAACAUUAAGUCAUUUUAUAUUAAUCAAAUAUUAAUUGUAAUUUCUGGGUGCACAGAUCAUUUGCUUUGCUGGUGUGACCUGUGUGUUUAAUGAUACGCUUGCAUCUUACAUUGUGUCUUACCCAUUUGUGGUAGAAUAGAGAUGUAUUCAGAGCUACUAUUUUGACCUUGCUGAAAAGAAAUAUUGUAUGCAAGUUAUGAAGAGUUAUGUAUUAAAUGUACCUUGAAAAUUGUAUAUUCUGUUUUUUUUUGUUGUUCACACAACACUUUUCAGUAAUGUUUCAAGCGGUGUCAAAAAUUAUAUGCAGAAGUAAUGCAAAAAAAGUAUUAAUUGGAUGAACC